GGGCGGGGCCUGCGGCGCUCCGGGAUCUCGGGCGGGCGCGCGCUUACCUCAGGGCAGGACGCGGCUGAGGGGACAACGCGGUUCAGGGGCGAUGUGAAGGCGGCGGUGUCCGUCCGCGGCCGCCCGCGCACGAUGCAGGCCCUCCUGCGCGCCGCCACCCUGCUGGUGGUAGCUGCGGUGUCGUGGGGUGCGCCCUCCGCGGCCGGAGGAGAAGCUCUGAAAUCUCCACAAAAUGUAGAGGUUUCCAUCAUUGAUGACAACAUUACCCUGACAUGGGAGAGGACUGAUGAGUACGACAGGAAUGUUACUUUUUCUGCAUAUUAUCAAAUACCUUUGGAGAUUAAUUGGACAGAACUGCCUGGGUGUCAACACGUUACAACUUUUGGAUGCAGCUUUUCUUCAGAGGCACUAGAAGAUAUUUAUAAAGAAAUUCAGUUGCGUGUAAGAGCAGAGAAAGGAAGUGAUACUUCUCCAUGGCAUGAAGUUGAUUCAUUUGUACCAUAUAAUGAAGCUCAGAUUGGUCCUCCAGAACUACGUUUAGAAGCUGAAGAUAAAGCGAUAGUAAUUAACAUCUCUCCUCCUGGAACCGAAGAUGAUAACAUGUGGGCUACAGAACGUUUAAUGUUUAAAUAUAACAUAGUCAUCUGGAACAGUUCGGGUAUGGAGCAAAGUGUUGAAGCUGUUCAUCCCAAAUAUAAAAUUUAUAAACUCUCACCAGAAACUACUUAUUGUUUAAAAGUUAGAGCAAUGCUACUUUCAGCAGGAAAAGUUGGUUUCUAUAGUCCAGUAUAUUGCAUAAAUACCACAGUGGAAAAUAAACUGCCUCCACCCGAAAAUGUACAACUUGAGGUUCUAAAUGAGAACUAUGUGCUUAAGUGGGAUUACCCUAACGACCCCUAUGAAAAGGUGACCUUUCGGGCGCAGUGGCUCUCCGCCUAUGUAAAAAUGCUUCCUGGGAACCACGCAGAGAAAUGGAAAAAUAUCCAGGACUGUGAAAAUGUCACUACUACCUAUUGUGUCAUCCCACAAGCCGUGUUCUUCAAAGGAAUUCACUUUAUCCGUGUCCAAGCAUCUCAAGGAAAUGCUACAUCUUUUUGGUCUGAAGAAAAAAAAUUUGACACUGUCAUGCAAACUGUAAUACUUCCACCAGUCAUUAACAUGAAACCCAUUGAUGAUUGUUCAAUGCGUGUCUCUAUCGGUUCUCCAGAAGAUUCUGAAAACAAGUUCGUGGAUCAGGAUUACCCCCUAAUUUAUGAAAUUAUUUUUUGGGAAAACUCUACAAAUGCUGAGAUGGUGUAUGUCGAGAAAACUGAUUUUACUAUUGACAAGUUGAAAGCACUGACAGUCUAUUGUGUGAAAGCCAGAGCCCUCGUGGAGGAUGAGAAAUGGAACCUGAGCAGUGUGUUCAGUGACAGCCAGUGCCAGGAAACCAAGCCAGAAGCCUCUACAGAGAACAUGCUUGUAGCUGGAGUUUUUGUUGUAUUACUUAUAGUUCCAGCUCUUACUUUGGUUGUGAAAAUCUUCUGGAAAUAUAUCACUUUUGUUUAUUGUCCACCAAGUAAGCCUCCUUCCACCGUAAAUGAGGAUUUGUCCGAACAGCCGCUCAAGAACCUACUCCUUUUCACUUCGGAGGAGCAAACUGAACGGUGUUUCAUAAUUGAAAAUGUAAACAGCGUUACCAUAGUAGAAGAUGUUCGUCAAGUGGAUGAGAAUCACAAACAGUACAGUUCCCAGACAAGCGAAGAUUCUGGCAACUAUUCUAAUGAAGAUGAAAAUAAUGAAAAUAAAGCAGAUGAUCCGGAAAGAGAAAACGAACGGUGUGAGCAGAAGCAGUUCUAGUGAAGAUGAAAAUUAAAUUAAUUAAAAAAAAAACAUUAAAAUAAAGCAGGCAAGCAGAAGAGAAGGAAAGGGUGUCCCCAGACACGGUCUCUAAAAUACGGGUUUUUCAAGAGCUCCAGGAGGGCAAGUUCCCGCCCCCUCUCAGCAGCAGGUAUUUGCUUGUUAGAGAAGAAAAAAAAGAAAAAAACAGGUGCAGAUUCCAGGUCCUGAAAAUACAGGCAAAUACUUCACUGUUUACAGAUGAAAUGACAGCAAUUUGGAGAAAAGGUGUCUGCUUUCUUCUUUGUAUUUUUGAAAGAACUGAUGUUGACCCCGUCUUGGGUAAGAUGGGUGAAAUCCAGAAGACCCCCUCCUUCUGGAAUGUUCUCCGUACUUUGGGGCUAGCUGUUGCAUGCUGCCCUUUGCGGUUUUCAAUUCAGCUCUGUUCGUGGCGAUGCUGCUCAUAGCUGUGUGUUCAGCUGCUCUUCAUUCCCGGUGUGGGGAUACAUUCCAAGCAGGGAUUCUUCUGGAACUGUACUGGUGGUCUUGUCCUUCAACUCUGAAAACUCCGCCCCCAAAGCCGGAAUACCACUGCUCCCUUGGUCUUCUAAAGACGCUCGGUUGUUGUAGAAUAACUGUACGCAGAGAGGAUCCUUCAAAACUCUGUGGUAGAGAUUGUGCGUGACGGACGCGUGAGGCCCUGGGCGCCCUCCCCGGCGCUGCACCAACCUCAACUGCAACCGGUUUGCAGGACUGCUGUUGAUCCCAGGAACCCUGAGCCCUGAUCCAGACCCUUCCCGCGGCGCAGGAUCCAGCCCAGGUCAUUCCACACUGUGCAUUGAGAUAUCUUCGUCCUGGGGAGGGUGCCUGCCUUGCAUGCCCUGCCUUGCAUGUUCGAUCCCCAGCACCCCUCAAGCCCCGCCAGGAAUGAUGUUUGAGUGCAGAGCCAGGAGUCAGCCCUGAGCAUUCUCAGAUGUGGCCCAAAAGCCAAAAUCGGUAAAAAUAAGAAAAAUAGAAUCCAGAGGCCAGGGGAGUUAGCACAGUAAGCUGUGUGUGUGCUUGGUGUGUGGGAGACCUAGGUUUGGUCCCCAGUACUGCGAAGUGCCCUCAGCACUGCCAGGAGUGACCGCUGAGCACAGAGCCAGGAGCAGGUCCUGAACACUGGGUAUGACCUACAAGCCCCCAAAUAAUAGUAACCAGGACCAGAGAGAGUAUAAGCAGGUAUGCCAUCUGCCGUGCACACAGCUGAUCCCCAGCGUCCUAUAUGGUUUCCGGAGCACUGCCAGGAAUAAUUCCUGAGCACCACUCGGUGUCACCCCAAAAUAACAAAUUGUGGUAGUGAUAGUUCUUGCAGACACUAGAUCCUAUAGCCCAGGAAUAUCUCUGUAGCUACAAACAGUGCUGCAAACGAGGUGAUAUCUAUGUCAAAACUGACAACAUAAGCAUAUAGUCUUAGCCCUCCACAUACACACACACACACACACACAUACACACAUGUUCACACAGUACACUACUGAUUGUAAUCAGAAAUGCCUCAGCUCUAUCCAUGUUAGUGUCCCUCCAAGAACUUAUGUCUCGUAUAAAAUGUAUUUUAAAAUAUAUUUUAUUAGAGGUUUCUCAACUGGAAACUUUAAAAUGGCCUCAAGUUGUUUUGAAGAAUUAGGCAUGUGGGCCAGGGAUGUGGCUCAGUGGUCAGCGCUUGGUCAGCACUUGUGAGGCUCUGGGUUCAGAUCCUGGCUCCACAUGAUCCCCAGAGCCCCACCACAUGUAGCCCAUGAACACAGAUGCUUUGGGGAGAGCAUCCAGAAGCUCUCCCUCCCCGUCGCCCCAACUCUGCCUCUCUCCCGUGAAUUUGUUCUCGGGCCCACUCACUGCCCUCAUGUUAGCGGCACAGUUGGGCUUUCACACCGAAGGUGUACAGGAAAGAACUGCAGCGGGGGAACUCACGUGUUUGUUUCUGACUGGUAUGUUCUACUGUAUUUUUAUGUGCAAAAACAUAACUGUGAUUUCAGUGUUGCGGUGCAAAAACCUUUUGUAUCAUUCGUGUUUUUAAUGUUAAAAACCUGUUGCUGUGAAUUUUCCACAAUAAACUCUCCAAAAGCCUUCA